AUUUGACGACGAUUUCCGUAUCCCGAACCAAAAGAUGCCAACCUUCCCAACGCACAUGGCACCUACCAGCGAGACACAAAACACUAUAAAGCAGAACACGUCAGCGCCAUCCUCAUACUUAUCAUCAUCAUCAUCGUCAUAAUACGACACCGUUUCCGAAGAAACAAUGGCGACUCGCGCGUUGCUCCGAGCAAUCAGGAAACGCGCCGUCUCGUUCCCCGCAUUCCCCGGCGCCUCCAUUCAUCGACACGGUAGCACGCUCGUUGUGGCGGAACACGAGGGUGGCGUUAUCAAACCCCCUUCGCUCUCUGCGCUCGCGGCUGCCACGUGUCUUCCCGAUCGCGACUCUUCCGUUUCGGUCCUCGUGGCCGGGUCGGGUCCUUCGCUCCAUCAAGCUGCUUCACACGCUGCUUCGUGCCACUCUUCAAUCUCCAAUGUGCUUGUGGCAGAAUCGGAUAAAUUCAAGAACCCUCUGGCAGAGCCCUGGGCUAAAUUAGUGCAUUUGGUUCAGCAGAGCGGUGGUUACUCUCACAUAAUUGCUGCUGCAAAUUCUUUUGGGAAAAAUGUCAUGCCACGCGCAGCUGCGCUUUUAGAUGUUUCUCCAGUUACUGAUGUUACUGGAAUUUCUGAUUCCAAUACUUUUGUGAGGCCAAUCUAUGCUGGAAAUGCACUUUGUACUGUUCGAUAUACUGGUGCCAAUCCUUGCAUAUUAACAAUUAGAUCCACAUCUUUUCCCGUUCCUCAGAAUUCAGCCGACUCAAAAUCUAAUGAGGCUUCAAUAUCUCAGGUUGACCUUUCAACCUUUGAUGAAGGUUUGGACAAGUCUAGAUAUAUAUCUCAAACUUCCCAGGAUGGUGAACGACCAGAUCUUGGGAAUGCACGCAUUGUAAUUACGGGUGGCCGAGCACUAAAGAGCGCUGAGAACUUUAAAUUGAUAGAAGAUCUAGCCAAGAAACUUGGUGCUGCUGUUGGCGCCACUCGUGCUGCUGUUGAUGCCGGAUUUGUUCCUAAUGAUCUCCAGGUAGGGCAAACUGGAAAGAUAGUUGCUCCUGAACUCUAUAUGGCUUUUGGUGUAUCUGGAGCUAUUCAACAUUUGGCAGGAAUGAGGGAUUCCAAGGUCAUUGUUGCCGUGAACAAUGAUGCUGAUGCUCCUAUAUUUCAGGUUGCUGAUUAUGGACUUGUAGGAGAUCUGUUUGAGGUGAUACCAGAGUUACUAGAGAAGCUUCCUGAGAAAAAAUAAAACGUGUAACAUGCAUCUGUAUAUACUAUGCAGGUGCAAUGUGUCAUCCAUCCUUGGAACCUCAAAAUUGCAUUUAUUUACCUGAAAUAAGGAAUUAAAAAAAAAAAUUUAUAGUUGGCUCAUUUUACAUUACCACACUGCAAACAAAUAAUGUUAAUACUAACAACUUGCAUAUUGGAAUGGAAAAUCAACAUAGAGUGAGCAAGGCUUCGAUCU